AGUGAGAUGGACAUUGAUAGAUAUUAAAUUUCCGCAUAUCUUGAUCUAUCACUUUGAGAGGAUGACAUGAUAAAAAAACACAGGGUUGAACUUUUUUCUUCAUGUUGUAAAUGUUAAUGUUACUUCUCCGACACCUGUCCGGUGCAGAUUCUAUCUUGGUUUUGUCAUUGAGGUAAGAAGCGUUGUUACCAAAAACUGAAAAUAGGGUUUGUUUGACCUGACACCUCUAUCGCAAUAGUGAAAAUAACAGUGGUUGCCACCAGUGCGUCGUCUUGCUUCCUCCUUCUCACCACUACUCACUUCAAUCGUUGCCACCAGUUUCGUCGUCUCAUCGGUUCCACUUUUUCACUGCCGUUGGGCUUAGGUUUGGUAAGUUUAUCAUUCAUAUAUAUCGCUCUACCACUAGGGAUUGUUUCUCUUCCUUCAUCUUUGACACCCCAACAUCUGAUUGUUGUGUUGUCCUGCACGAAUCUUGUAUGGUGAGCAAAUCGCUGGACAUUAUUGGUGGAAGGUUCAUUACAAGACAAGGAUAGCCCGUUAUCAGGUCCAAAAUGACUACAGGACACUAAACAUAGAUCACUGGAGAAAUUUUUAUCGGUUUUUUAAGGAGGUAAUGUUGUUUUUAACUUCUGGUUGAGUUUACUAUCUGUUUGUGAGGUUAAUUUGAUUAUUGAUAAAUAUUAUGAAGCCCUUAGUAAGUGUUAAGAAAUUAAAAUAGUGAGUUACUGUAUAAGUUUCUACCAAUUAGUGAGUUACUAUACAGUAAUGCCAUACCCUCUCAAAAUCCUCCAUAAAGUGCCCUUACAACUAUCAUUCAAGCAUGGCUCCAAAUUCUUCCAUGCACUCAAACAUGAACACCACCUGUUCGACCUUAUUCACCACCUAAAUACUGCUUCGGUUAACCGGUCCAUGCUCAACCAUUUGCACAACCACCUCCCCUUUCAAGCUCUUGCUGCAUUCAGGGACCAGUUUCGGUUGCAUUCUCUUCAAAAUGUUGACGAUUGCACCCUUGCCUUGUCUCUCAAGGCAUGUCAAGGAGAUGUGAAACUUGGAUGUCAAAUCCAUGGACUCCUGGUGAGUAGUGGGCUUGUUUUGCUUGUUUCCGUGUCUAAUUCUCUCAUGAAAAUGUACUGCAAGUCUGGGAAUUUUGGGAAGGCUUUGCUUGUAUUUGAGAAUUUGAGUCAUCCUGACAUAGUGUCUUGGAAUACUGUGCUUUCUGGGUUUGAGGAGGGUUUGGAUGCUUUGCAUUUUGCACGUUCUAUGCAUUUUCGUGGGAUAGUUUUUGAUCAUGUGACAUUUACUACUGCUCUUUCAUUCUGUUGGGGUGAUCAUGGGAUUUUAUUUGGGUUGCAAUUGCAUUCUCUUGUGGUUAAGUGUGGAUUUGGUUGUGAAGUUUUUGUUCAGAAUGCGCUUGUAACAAUGUAUUCAAGGUGGGUGAUGUUAGAUGAGGCUAGGAGAGUGUUUGACGAAAUGCCCAAAAGAGAUUUGGUUUCGUGGAAUGCAAUGAUUUCAGGGUAUGCUCAAAAAGGGGAAUGUUAUGGGUUGGAAGCAGUUUUAUUGUUUGUCAACAUGUUAAGUAACCAUAUAUUAAUCGACCAUAUUUCACUUACAAGUGCGGUUUCAGCUUGUGGUCACAUGAAAAACUUAAAGCUCGGGAGGCAAAUACAUGGUUUGGCCCAAAAAGUGGGAUAUGGAACACAUCUAUCAGUUUGCAAUGUUUUGAUGUCAACUUAUUCUAAAUGUGAGAUCCCUAAUGAUGCAAAAGCUGUUUUCAAGGGCAUUAGUAAUAGGAAUGUAGUGUCUUGGACGACAAUGAUUUCUAUUGACGAAGAAGAUGCAAUGUCUCUAUUUAAUGCGAUGAGAAUUGAUGGAGUAUAUCCAAAUGAUGUCACGUUUAUAGGACUAAUACAUGCUGUAACAGUCAGGAAUUUAGUGACAGAAGGUCUAACGAUUCAUGGGUUGUGCAUAAAAAGUUGCUUUUCGUCAGAACAAACUGUCUCCAAUAGCCUUGUUACCAUGUAUGCCAAAUUUGAGUGCAUUCAAGAAUCAAAGAAGAUUUUUGAGGAGCUUAACUAUCAUGAAACAAUAUCUUGGAAUGCAUUGAUUUCAGGGUAUGCUCAAAAUGGCUUGUACAAAGAAGCUUUUUGUACAUUUUUGUCUGCUAUAAAGGUGGUAACGCCCAGCCAGUACACAUUUAGUAGUGUGUUAAAUGCUAUUGCUGCUGCUGAGGAUAUAUCAUUGAAACAUGGGCAAUGUUGCCAUUGUUACUUGCUCAAACUUGGUUUAAACACUGACCCAAUUGUUUCAGGGGCUCUACUUGACAUGUAUGGCAAGCGUGGAAACAUUAUUGAGUCUCAAAGAGUGUUCGAUGAGGCACUUGAACGAACCCAAUAUGCUUGGACAGCAAUAAUAUCUUCCUAUGCCCGCCAUGGAGACUUUGAGGCUGUGAUGAGUUUGUAUACAGAAAUGGAGAGGGAAGGAAUCAGUCCUGACUGCAUCACUUUUCUUUCUGUUUUGGCUGCUUGCUGUAGAAAGGGCAUGGUUGAUGUAGGCCAUAGAGUAUUUGAGUCUAUGGUGAAGAAACAUUCAAUUGAGCCCUCCUCUGAACAUUAUUCUAUUAUGGUGGACAUGUUGGGCCGUGCUGGACAACUAGACGAGGCAAAAGGGUUGAUGCACCUGAUUCCAGGAGGGCCUAGAUUGUCUGUGUUGCAAAGUUUGCUUGGAUCUUGUAGAAUACAUGGGAAUCUGGAGAUGGCUGAGAAAGUUGUCUGUAGUUUGAUAGAAAUGGAUCCAACAAGUUCAGGUCCAUAUGUGUUAAUGGCAAACAUGUAUGCAGAAAAAGGGAAGUGGGAGAAAGUUGCUGAAGUGCGAAAAAAGAUGAGAGGGAGGGGAGUAAAGAAGGAAGUGGGAUUUAGUUGGGUGGAUGUUUCUAGUGUUGAUUCCUUGUAUUUGCAUAGUUUCUCCUCUGGGGAUAAGUCACAUCCUGAGUAUGUGAAUAUUUGUAAAAUGGCAGAGUUUCUGGGAUUGCAAAUGAAUUUUUUGAAAGAGAGCAUGGAGAGGGAAGGAGAGUGGUGUCAUGAGUAACAAAUCCUAAAAUAAAUGAGGAAUUAUAUU